AUGGUCGCUGCAUUCGUCCUCACUCGUACCUUUGUACUCUCUGCCUUGUUCGUCGGUGCAUUCCCGCUUACUUGGGCAGCCCCCCUCGGUACAUACCAGAGUGCCAGAAACGCCGUCGGUGUCCGUGAUCUCGACACACGAUCCGGAUGCUGGAUGGCUGGAGGCUUCGACGCAUGCCUCAGAGGGGACUCCGAGGAGCCGUCAGCACCCGAGGUAGAUGCGUUGACAGUGGAACCGGUCAACCUCUCCAAGCGAACUGAAGACGCGGACGAAGAGGCCAAGACCGAGCCGCAGACAGUCUCCGUUCGCGAACUAGCCGAGCUGGAAGAGAGGUCCGGAUGCUGGAUGCCCGGAGAAUACGAUGCAUGCAUCAGAGAAGACGCAGAGGAACCCGAGUCUCAGUCCGCGACUCCUGAGGUCACCGCCGUACCUGCCGAGGUCGAACCACGGAGCGGCUGCUGGAUGCCAGGCGAUGACACUGCCUGCACUGCAGAAGAACGCGACGAUACUGCCGUAUCUGAGCGUGAGGCCCGCGAGGCUCUCGCACCUCCAGCAGAUCCCGACCUCGAAGCCAGGAGUGACUGCGUCAUCACCGGCGAAUGCUUGUAA